AUGAAGCUUCGAGGACUGCUGGACCGCAAGGGCUCCUGGAAGAAGCUGGAUGACAUCCGGAAUAUCUUCUGGUGUCACAAGACCGUCACUUCAGAGUAUGUCACCGAGCACUGGUGCGAGGACCCGUUCUUUGGGUACCAGUAUUUGAAUGGUGUCAAUCCCGUCAUGCUCCACUGCCUCUCCAGCCUGCCCAGCAAGCUGCCUGUCACCAAUGACAUGGUGGCCCCCUCGCUGGGUCCGGACACCUGCCUGCAGACAGAACUAGAGAGGGGGAAUGUCUUCCUAGCGGACUACUGGAUCCUGGAGGAGGCCCCCGUCCACUGCCUCAACGGCCGCCAGCAGUACGUGGCCGCCCCGCUCUGCCUGCUGUGGCUCAACCCGCAGGGGGCGCUGGUGCCCUUGGCCAUCCAGGUGAGACCUGGGGCGGGCUUCGGGGGCGGGCUCAGGCGGCACGCCGGCAGCCUCGAGCCUCAACCCCCUUAUUAUUCUUGGACGCAGCUCAGCCAGAACCCCGGGCCCCAAAGCCCCAUCUUUCUGCCCACUGACUCCUACUGGGACUGGCUGCUGGCCAAGACGUGGGUGCGCAACUCGGAGUUCCUGGUGCACGAGCACAACACGCACUUUUUGUGCACGCAUUUGCUGUGCGAGGCCUUCUCCAUGGCCACACUGCGCCAACUGCCGCUGUGCCAUCCUGUCUACAAGCUCCUGCUUCCCCACACUCGCUACACGCUGCAGGUGAACACCAUCGCUCGAGCCACGCUGCUCAACCCCGACGGCCUGGUGGACCACGUGACGUCCGGCGGGAGGCAAGGCCUCCUCUACCUCAUAAGCACAGGUCUGGCCCACUUCACCUACACCGAUUUCUGCCUUCCGGACAGCCUGCGGGCCCGCGGCGUCCUGACCAUCCCCAACUACCAUUACCGAGACGACGGCCUGAAGAUCUGGGCGGCCAUUCAGAGCUUCGUCUCAGAAAUCGUGGGCUACUAUUAUCCUAGUGACGCAUCUGUGCAGCGGGACACGGAGCUGCAGGCCUGGGUCGGCGAGAUUUUUGCUCAGGCCUUCUUGGGCCGGGAAAGCUCAGGCUUCCCGCAAAGGCUGUGCACUCCGGGAGAGCUGGUGAAGUUCCUUACUGCCAUCAUCUUCAACUGCUCGGCCCAGCAUGCCGCGGUCAACAGUGGGCAGCAUGACUUUGGGGCCUGGAUGCCC